UCAGCUGAUUGGCCCAGAGCAUCCUUCUGUCUCUUGCACUUUGCCCCUCCUGCAAACAUUCUCCCCAGCAGAGAUUGGAGGAGACAGUCGAGGCACAGUGUGUGUGAGUGUGUGCGCGUGUGGAGGAAAUGUAAAUAAAUGGGAAGACAAGCUGGGAGACUGUGCACACAGCAGCAAUUCAGCUGGGAGAAGUUGGUGAGCAAGAGUGGCAGCAAACCUGUGGAGCUGCAGCGGAAGGAGACACUGCUCCCAAAGCCAGAUUGCAGAAAGGCCAGGCACAGGUGGCUUCCAUACAUACCUGAGACUUGAAACGUGGGCCUCUCACCAGCCCGCCAUACCCACACAGGCACAAGAGCAUGUCUUUGGCAGUGAAAGAGAAGAGCCAAGUGCGCCUGGUGUUUCUGGGAGCAGCCGGGGUUGGCAAGACAGCCCUGAUCCGGCGCUUCCUGCAAGACACCUUUGAGCCCAAGCAUCGGCGGACAGUGGAGGAGCUGCACAGCAAGGAAUACGAGGUGAGUGGAGUCACCAUCAAGGUGGAGAUCCUGGACACCAGUGGUAGCUACUCCUUCCCAGCGAUGCGCAAACUCUCCAUCCAGAACAGCGAUGCCUUUGUGUUGGUCUACGCCGUGGACGAUGCAGAGUCAUUUGAGUGCGUGAAGACUCUGCAUGAAGAGAUCCUUGAGCUGAAAGAAGAUAAGUUUCCACCCAUCGUAGUGGUGGGCAAUAAGGCAGAAGCUGGCGGUCUGAGGCAGGUGAUGCCAGAAGAUGCCCUUUCCUUGGUGGAGCUCGACUGGAACAGCCGUUUCCUGGAGGCAUCGGCUAAGGAGAAUGAGAACGUGAUGGAGGUCUUCAGGGAGCUGCUCCAGCAAGUCAACCUGCCCAGCCGGCUGAGCCCUGCCCUGCGCAGAAGACGGGAGACCUUCCCCAACCAGCCCCCGCUCAGGCCCCCCAUGAACAAAGCCAACAGUUGUACUGUCUGUUGAACGAUGUGAAGAUGACAGUGGCAAGAUUUUGUCUUUGGCAAAACCAAGGCGGGCUGGCUACGGAGUCCGGCUUGCACCCGCCACAUCAGUGUUGUGGUAUUCAGUCGUUUGGAAGGGGGGAGGGCUCCGGAGCCAUUUGUGAACUCCAACAAUUUGUCAUGAUGUAGUGAUUUCAGCUUUUAGUGCCCCAGAGCCACAGCUAAUUGUGUGCCCCUUUCAUGCAUUCUGUUUUGAGUUGCAACCCAAGGAUUGGAAAACCUUGAUGCUAAGGCACACCUGUUCC